UGAGGACACAGUGAGAGGCUGGCUGUUUGCAACCCAGAAGAGAGGCUUCACCAGACUGUGACCACGCGGACAUGUUGAUCUGGGACUUCCCGGCCUUCACGUCGUGCCACAGAUAGUGCGGUCAAAGCUUUUUUCGGUUAUGAAGCAAGCUCUAAAAAAAAAUAGAACAGCCGGAGUGAUCUUCCUCUCUGUAAACUGUAAGUUAUCUACCACAGGAUCUCAUUGAAGAGGUGGCCUUGAGGGCUUAAGUAAGUAGGUUAUCCGAUCAUCGAACCAGCGCAAGAAACUGUCUGGCGAGCGACAGGUGCCCAGAGUGGGGUGGAGGGAGAUGCAGGCGAAUUGCAUUUUGAGGUCUGGGUUGCUGUUUGCCACUCUGUCUCUUGUCAUCGCCAAGCACAAGCAAUCUUCCUCUGCGAAAGGUUGUUACCCAAGGGGCACACUGUCCCAAGCUGUUGACAGACUCUACGUCAAGGCGGCAUGGCUCAAAGCAACAAUUCCAGAAGACCGCAUUAAAAAUAUACGAUUAUUAAAAAAGAAAACAAAAAAGCUAUUUAUGAAAAACUGCAGAUUCCAAGAACAGCUUCUGUCCUUCUUCAUGGACGAUGUUUUUGGUCAACUCCAAUUACAAGUCUGCAAGGAAAGACACUUUGUGGAAGAAUUUCAUAGCCUUAGGCAGCAAUUGAGCCGCUGUAUUUCAUGUGCUUCAUCAGCUAGAGAGAUGAAAACGAUCACCAGGAUGAAAAGAACAUUUUAUGGGAUUGGAAACAAAGGAAUCUACAAAGCUGUCAGUGAACUGGAUAUUCUUCUUUCCUGGAUUAAACAAUUCCUGGAAAGCAUUAAGUAAUGCAAGAAGCCAAGUGCAUGGAUUUGAUUGUUAUUUUGGAAUAUAAUGAGAACCACUGGAAAUAAAUUUAUAAGACUGUAUUGCUUUUAAAAAACUUUUGUACAUGGUACUGAUACCAAGUUAGAUGGCUAGGUAAAUUUAACAUGAUAAAGUUUUGGAGAUCCAUAAAUGAUCUCUAAUAUGUACAUUUUCUAUAUUUUCAAAGAAUACUUUCAUCCUGAACAUGUUUUAUUAUCCCCAAGUACACUUAAUUUAAAGCUGCAUAAUCAGAAUUAACUCAUGUAAUAUUUGUGGAGGAAAAGUGACAGCUUUCUGGAAUACGAUAUAAUGUUAUCGAGACUUCCAUA